AUGCAAAGAAACAUUGUGCGCAUGCGCCUUACUGUCUCCAAGGCCCACCAGAGGGAGCAGCCGAGGCCAAUGAAAGAACAGAAGAAUCUUGAAGGGAGGGGGCGAGAAGGGGAUAAGUGGGCGGGGCUUCCCGCUUUGCGGAACGCUGAUAGGCCCAGCGUCUGUGACAGGCAAAGAGUAAAUCGAAAGGGAAACAUCUCGGUGUUGAAGAUACAAAUAGGCAAGCGCGCGUGCGCAUUACUCUCCUCGCUGCUGGUCUUCGUUACGCUGCAAAAUUGUGCUGGUGAUAUUAGUCCACUGGAAGAAUGUUUCAAGGAGGCCGACUAUGAUGAAUUCCUAGAGAUAAUAAGGAAUGGUCUGGAGAAGACAUCACACCCAAAGCAUGUGGUGAUUGUGGGCGCAGGCAUGGCAGGGCUCACUGCAGCCUACACUCUCCUAGAAGCUGGCCACAAAGUGACAGUUCUGGAAGCCAGCAACCGAGUGGGAGGACGAGUGGAUACGUAUCGAGAUCAGAAGGAAGGCUGGUAUGCAGAACUUGGGGCCAUGCGUGUGCCUGAGUCACACCGAAUUGUCCAUGAAUAUUCUAAAAAGUUUGGCCUAAGAAUGUCAGAACUUCAACAUGAUGAUGAUAGCGGCUGGUAUUUGCUUAAUAACGUCAGGAGAAGAAUCUGGGAAGUCAAUCAGGAUCCCAGCCUGCUGGGCUAUGAUGUGUAUCCCUCAGAAAAAGGCAAAACCGCUACACAGCUGUAUUCUGAGUCCCUCAAAAAGGUUGCUGAAGAGGUGAGCCAGACAAACUGUAGCUACAUCCUGCAGAAAUAUGACACUUUUUCAACCAAGCAAUAUUUAGUACAGGUGGCAAAUCUGAGUCACGGAGCUGUCCAGAUGAUUGGGGACAUUUUAAAUGAAGAUUCAGGCUAUUAUCUGUCUUUCAUCGAGAGCCUGAGAAACUCUCAAAACUUCGUUUUUUCAAAUGGAUUUAAUAAAAUUGACGGAGGCUUCGAUCAGCUGCCAAGAGCCAUUUACAGAGCCUUUCCAGAAGCAGUUCACUUCAAUGCCAGGGUGGUCAGGAUAGAACAGAGGGGCCAGGCUGUCACUGUGGUUUAUCAAACGCCGGCUAAAAUGCUGUCGAGUGUGACAGCUGAUUAUGCUGUUGUCACCUCUACGGCCAGGGCCACCCGCCGCAUCUCCUUUGACCCACCCCUCUCCCUUAACAAAACAGACGCUUUGCGGUCUAUCCACCAUAGGAGUUUGAACAAAGUCUAUCUUGCUUGUUCAAAGAGGUUCUGGGAAGAUGACGGCAUUCGUGGUGGCAUGUCCAUCACUGACCGCCCAUCUCGAUUCAUCUACUACCUUGCCCAAAACUUCUCUGGUGGUUCUGGGGUUCUUUUGGCUUCCUAUGUCCAAAGCGAUGACUCUCUGUUUUUCCUGUCCCUCAGCGAUGAGGACAUUCUUGACAUCAUCCUGGAUGACCUGUCAGCCAUCCACCAACUACCCAAAAAAGAGAUCCAGAGUUUCUGUCAUUCUUGGUUGAUAAAACGAUGGAGCCUGGAUGCAUAUUCGAUGUGUGCGAUCACUUCCUUCGUCCCUUACCAGUUCAUAGAUUAUAGUGAGUCUGUCAAGAUGCCAGAAGGUAGAAUCCAUUUUGCAGGAGAGCAUACCUCCCAUUUGCAUGGCUGGUUGGACACUGUAAUAAAGUCAGGGCUGAGGGCAGCAAGGGAAAUAAACAUUGCAUCUGGGAAAGACCAUGUGGGAAUGAAAGCAAAUGAGAAAGGGGAACUUUAAAGAAGAUCUCUAUAGAGGAAGAACAGUACCUCGUAGGGUCAAGAUCUACAGAAAUCUGCGGCUGCUGUUAGAAUGACAGCUUCCUGCCCUCAACCACCAACCGCUGGCUAUUAGGCAGGAAUUGGAAGCCUGGACAAAUAAAAUACCUAAUGCCAUUGUGAUAUUAUUAUCUCAGAGCCUGAAAAGAUUAAUUUUUUGGACCACAGUUCAGAGAAUUUCUCUAAGAACCUACCAACUUUUGGAAAUUCUGGAAGUAGUUAUCCAAAAAGUAACAUAUGCAAGUUCAGAUUUAUGGUAAAAUGAUGUGUAUUAGACCACAAGGAAACUUGAGGUGCUUUUAGACUACGAGAGAUGGAAGGAAUAUCUGCAGUAGUUGCUUUGUUGGUUGUUGCCUUUCACACAUUAUCUCACAUGUAUUACAUUUUACUUUAUGUUUGUGUAGUCCCUAAGACCUAAUGAUAAAUUCUUUAGUGUUCCUGCACUGUAGGCUGUGCAUCAAUAAAAGCUUUCAGCUGUAAUCCCAAA